AUGGCAACUGUCGCAGUUGAAAGUGAGAAGGAAAAGUACGAUGUGCUUGAGGUCAUUGGGAGAGGGGCCUUUGGUGUCAUUCGCAAAGUACGAAGAAAGUCGGACGGUCAUGUCCUCUGCCGGAAGGAGAUCAACUACCUCAAGAUGUCGGCGAAGGAGCGCGAACAGCUAUAUGCCGAAUUCUCUAUAUUGUCGACGCUCAAACACCCCAACAUCGUCGGCUAUUUCCAUCGAGAACAUCUGAAGAACAGCCAGGACCUGUACAUCUAUAUGGAAUACUGUGGUGGCGGAGACCUAGGGACAGUCAUCAAAAAUCUGAAGGCGACUGGCGAGUAUGCGACAGAGGAGUUCGUAUGGAGGAUAUUUGCACAGAUUGUCGCUGCCCUGUAUAGAUGUCAUUAUGGCAUCGAACCUCCCAGUCCAGGAAGUGACCUGUCGAGACAGAAAGAUCCUCGUGCUGGACUGAAGACAAAGAGCCAGUCCGUCAUGAUCCUUCAUCGAGACCUGAAGCCGGAAAACAUUUUUCUGGGAGAAGAUCAAUCAGUCAAGCUUGGUGACUUCGGCCUUUCUAAGCUCAUGCAAUCGCAUGACUUUGCUUCCACGUAUGUCGGCACGCCCUUCUACAUGUCGCCUGAGAUCUGUCAAGCCGAAACAUACAACAUGCGGUCUGACAUUUGGUCUCUUGGAUGUAUCAUGUACGAACUCUGUACGAAAGAACCUCCCUUUAACGCCAAGACACACAUUCAACUUGCGCAGAACAUUCGGAAAGGGGUGUACAAAGAACUGCCAUCAAUGUAUUCCAAGGAGCUCCAGAACGUUAUCGCAAGCUGUUUAAAGGUCAAUCCAAAGUUCCGUCCCGACGCCGCCUCCCUACUUACCGUUCCAUAUGUCUGGAUCGCACGAAAAGGACUUGAAAUGGUUGAAACGGGCAAAGUCUUGAAGACCCGAGAGGAGCUUGCAACGCAGAAGUUACAGCAGGCAGAAGAGAGGCUUGCAUCAUUAGAUCGAGAGCGAGAAGCAAUGCGGCAACAGAUUGAGGACACCCUGAGACGAGAAUGGGAAGUCAAAGCCCGACUUGAGAUUGAUCACCAGAUUGAGCUUGGCUUAGAUCGGUUGCAGAAGAAAUUCGACAAGGAGGUCAACGAGAAAGCACGAGAAAUAGCAAGAACCAUGCCACGAUCCACGGAGCAGCGAGCUCUGCAAGACCUACAGAAUCCACCAUCGUCUGGCAACAAAGAGAAAAUUGCCCCUCCAUCCUCCAUGUCAGCGUCAGGCGAGGAAGACUUUCCAUCUACCACAGACCUUACUGAUCUCAGCUCUCUGUCGCUAGAGUCGCCCAGAACUUCAACAGACAAGCCUCCAGGCCCAAGAAAGUCUACGAAGACGCCCUUCAGCAGAUCGAAGACCACCCUCGACUCUCCUGCUGACAUACAGAUGGCUGAGCCGUCGCCCAUGUCGAUUUCUUCUUUAGCAUUAUCCCCACGACGCAACGCAGCAGCUCAAGCAGCCGCAACAGCCGCCAGCAAGAACAUCUUUACCGAAGCAGCUAGGCAGAAAGCAACAGACAAAUGGGAGCCUACCUUGGCAUAUGAUUCAGAUGAUGACGAUGACAUACCUGAGCUUCCCUCACCUACAAGACCGAAAGUGCACGCUCGAGAUCCCUUCAAGGCACCUGCCAGACCGGGCAUUAUGCGACAAGCCACAACAGCAACGAUGCAAAAGCUCACCACUCAACCGACUCUUUUCCCUACAGCAACAGCAGCAAAAGCAGCAACAGGAAGUAGCAUACCACGAACGGUGACGGAACCAGAGGGGCGCCCUCUAGGCCUCGCACGAAGUCCCUCCAACAGUAACCGACGCCUAAGCAAGCUCCCAAGCUUCAACAAUCUAGCUGCUGGCGACAGCGGUAGUCCAACCCGAAAACCUCCAUCUCAGCUCCCCUCGAAGAUCGGCGCCCUACCCAGCAAGCAAGCCAAGGAAGGAGGCGAGGAGAUGGUGAAAGCGGUCUUAGCACGAAACAUGAAUGUUGGGACGGGGAGAACAUUGGUAGAGCUUGCUCAGGCUAGGGCGGGAGGGAGACCACUCAGUGUGGAUAUGGGGAAGGGGUUCAGAGUUGGGGUGGAUAGGGAGAGGAUGGAGAGGGAACUACCGCCUGUGCCGAUUUGGGAUCCGGAGAGGGAUGAGAUGCCGAGUCCGUUUUUAUCGAGGACGAAGAGGAUGUGA